AUGCAAAUUAAAAAUAAAGUCGCAAUUAUAACUGGGGGCGCGAGUGGUAUUGGUGCUGCUUUAGCUCGACGGCUCGUUUUAGAAGGUGCACAAGUAGUUAUUGGUGACAUUGACAAAAAAUUGGGCCAAGAUCUCGUAAUUGAAUUGAACCAAAACAAUAAAAAGAAUGCGAUCUUUGUCUUUUGUGAUGUUGCAAAUUUCGAUCAUCUAUGUCAAUUGUUCGAUACUACACAAAAUACAUUUGGUGGCGUUGAUAUUGUAUGCAAUAACGCUGGAAUUGCGAAAUUUGAAUUUUUUGAUCAAACUGAUAGUUGGAUAAAGACUAUCGAUAUUAAUUUAAAUGCUGUAAUCAAAGGUACACAAUUGGGAAUUCAAUUUUUGAAAAAACGUGGUGGUGGUGUUAUUAUAAAUACAGCUUCGCUUGCUGGAUUUUACCCAUCGAAAUUCUUAAUAUAUGGUGCCUCAAAAUAUGGCGUCGUUGGUUUUACACAUUCACUAUGCGAACUAAAUAAUACAGAUAAAAUUCGUGUAAAUGCUAUUGCUCCUGGAUUUGUGAAUACACCUCUGAUGCAAAAUGUGGUCAAAAUAAUGCCUACAA